AUGUCAGAUAUAGAGGCAGACCAAGGACCCAAAAGCACUUUCCCCACUUACAUGGCCGAGGGGUACCAGUUGUACCAUGAAGGGCUGUAUAAGAAGGCGAUUGAAAGCUAUUCCACUGCACUGACUCUUCAACCGGAUGAUAAGAACUGCCUCGUUGCGCGAUCCAAAUGUUAUUUGAAGAUGGGGGAUACUGAAAAUGCUUUAAGAGAUGCUGAAGCCUCCCUCAAAGAGGACAAAUCUUUUUUUAAGGGGUUGUACCAAAAGGCAGAGGCAUUGUUCACCAUGGGAGACUUUGAAUUUGCAUUGGUGUUUUACCACAGAGGACACAAACUGCGUCCAGAGCUUCAAGAGUUCAGACUGGGUAUUCAGAAAGUACAGGAAGCUAUUGAAAACUCAGUAGGCAGUCCCUCCUCUGUAAAACUGGAAAAUAAAGGAGACCUAUCAUUCUUCAAUAAGGGCGAGGAGGUAAGAAAUUGGCGGCCAGUGAGUGUUAUUCACCCUCUGAUGGGGGAGCUGAAGCAGCAGAACCAAAAGACUACUAGGAGUGAGAGGACUACCAAACAGCUGCUGGGAGAACUUUACAGUGACAAAGAAUAUCUAGAAAAGUUACUAAAAGAUGAAGACUUGGUAAAAGGAAAGAUGCGGGGUGGGGAGAAACUGCAGGAUCUCAUCAUAAACUGUAUCACCUACCUUGACACUCGCACUGAGCUCUGGCGCCAGCAGAAGCCUAUCUAUGCACGUGAAAGGGAUCGUAAGAUUAUGCAACAGAAAUGGAACAAGACCCGCCAGAGCUCGAUCUCUGACCCCACUCGAUUUGUGCUUAAGAGCCUUGAGGAGAUUGAUGCAGCUUUGACUGCUGGAAACCCAGACGGUAGCCUGAAAAAAGCCAAAGAGGUCAUGAAGACAGUGGAGGGAUGGUCAGAAGAACUGGUCCCUAAUAAGAAAGAGGUGCUUGGCAACCUACACAGUUGCAUAGGGAAUGCCCUUAUUGAUCUGGGGGAAAUGGAUAAAGCACGAGACCACCAUCAAAAAGACCUGGAGUUGGCUGCACAGUGCAAACUUCCAGAUGCAAAAUCCCGGGCCCUGGACAAUAUUGGCCGAGUCUAUGCCAGAAUUGGAAAGUUUGAACAGGCUACUGAGAUCUGGGAAGAAAAGAUUCCCUUGGUCCGCUGUGGUUUGGAGAAGACCUGGCUGUUCCAUGAGAUUGGUCGAUGUUACCUAGAGCUGGAACGUCAUACAGAAGCCCGAGACUAUGGCUGUGGUUCACUUGAUGCAGCAGAUGAAAUUGGAGAUGAGAAAUGGCAGCUAAAUGCCAGUGUCUUAGUGGCACAGUCGGAAAUGAAACUUGGUAAGUUCAACUCCAGUGUCACCCACUUUGAGAGGGCCUUGGACCAUGCCAAGGUGCUUCGAGACAACUCUGCCAAAGAUGCCAUUCAGAAGGCUCUUCAUGUGGCAAGGCAGCAUUCAACACAAUAA